AUGGCUGCAUCGUCCAGCCUGAUACUCCCCAGGGGCGAGCUGUCCAAGGAAGAGCUGCUCACUGCGGGAUCACUCCAAGAAUACCAGCCGUGGUUACUCGAUGACCAUCCACUGCGCUCAUACCCGACUCAAUGUAUCCCGGGCCUCGGACCGGUGGUGAGAAACGGCUUCAAAUCGUUCCGAUUGCGCUGGAAGGAGCACUCGCUUCGCGCGGUUUGCCUGAUUUUGGCAUCCUUUGCUGCAUACGGGGGUCUCCGCGCGCUCGCCGGUGCUAUAUUCCCGCAGCCCACAGUGGCGGGGGUACAUCCACGCAGCUAUCCUAAUGCAUGCAUUUUCCCGCGUCCGGAUACGCGGCCAAACGCCCUGUCGCGAUCUCUCGCUGCUGGAUGCGACGGCCUUAAUACCGCGCUCUGGUUAGACGAAGACGUGCUGAAGAUUGGAGCUCCCACCUCGAGUCGCAACACAGAGGAUGCCCUGCAGCGGCUAAGUCUCAACCCGCUUUUGACCCGGCUCGUCGAUGAAACCCCCAACGAUAACCCACAAGCUCCUCUGACGGCUGCUGAUCCGUCCGAUGAUUCAACUCAGCCAUUCUUUCUCAUCUUGGAUGCCAAAUCUCCGCUCCCUGAAUUGUACCAUCUUCUCAUUUCUCACCUGGCUCCCCUCCGGGAGAAAGGAUACCUGACCCACUGGGAUCAAGAUCGAAUUGUCUCUCGCCGCGUGACGGUUGUUGUUACGGGAGAUGACAUUUCCGAUACCGACUGCUCGACGCAUUCCUACUCUGACAUCUUCUAUCUGGCGUCGCCGGAGGACCCGGGGGUGACUGGUUCACAUCUGAGUGACGUGCUCCCUAACGUAUCACCGAUUUGUCUUACAUGA